AUGCCUGAGCUGAUGGGUUUAGAUAAUGAGGAAACAGACAUAACUGACCAAGGAACCAGAGAUCGUGACACUCAAAAGAAGCAGGCAAACAAGGACUAUGUUGACAAAAAGUUCAAGGCAAGAGAGCGAGACGUGCGAGAGGGAGACUGGGUUCCGUUGGAGCAGAAGAGACAAAACAGGUUAUCGUCAUCGUAUGAGAAGGAGCCAUGUGAGGUGAUGACUCGGUACGGGGAUUAAGUUGUGUUGAGGUCGUCGAACGGAGGGGAGUACAGGAGAAAUAUGCACCAUAUUAAACCUUCCAACAUUCCAGACCAUGAAAGGUCGGCGUUACAGUCAGAGCUGGGAUCUGCCUCUGCAACAGCUGCGCCUGCGUCAGCUACACAAGCUAUGGCACCAAAGCCGGGGACACCUAUUACAACAACAGCACCAGCAGAGAUUCCAAAGAUGUCUUUACCAACAGCAGCAGUGGAAAUACCCCCUAAGGUCCCAGUCUCGGGUGCUGAGCAGCCACGCCCUCUAAGGAAAUUUGGAAAG